UUCUAUCAAGUUUAAAUGUGUAUAUAACUAAUAUUACUAUUUAUAGGUUUGGCAUUGUUGAUGACAAGAAUGAGUUGGUUUUAUUUGGUACGUUAAAUCCAUCUGUUCGUAAGAGACCACCAUCUGAGUGCUAUAUCUGCAAGUGGGAUACUAAGCAGUUUUCCUUGGUCAAAAUUGCUGCUGUAGGAACUGAUAUGCUAUCUGUCAUGGCAAUAAGUGAUAAUGGCCGUUUCAUUGCAUUAGGAACACAAGACGGAUCUGUAAAAAUGUAUAUAGCUUUUAAUUUGCAACUUGUAUAUAGUGUUGAUCGUGUACAUAACAUUUUUGUGACAGGCUUGGAAUUUUUGCCUUCUUGUGACGAGUCUCGUAGAAUAACUGGUGGUCAUGAGGCAUCUUUAAUUAGUAUUUCUGUUGAUAACCAUAUUAUUAUUCAUCACAUUCCUGAAAGAGCAUCAAUGAGUAUUUUGACUAUAAUUACAUUAUUUAUCCUGACAUUGUUGUUCGUCUUUGUAAUUAUGGACUUCUUCAAUUUGUGA